UGCCGGUAGCAGCGGGGCGGGACGGGGGGAAACGCCGCCGCCGCCAUGGAGUUCCCGGACCUGGGCGCGCACUGCUCCUGGCCCGCCUGCCAGCGCCUGGACUUCCUCCCCCUGAAGUGCGACGCGUGCGAGCAGAUCUUCUGCACCGACCACGUCGCUUACGCCCAGCACAACUGCACCUCUGCCUACAAGAAGGAUGUGCAGGUCCCCGUGUGUCCCCUCUGCAACACCCCGGUCCCCGUGAGGCGGGGGGAGAUGCCCGAUGUGGUGGUGGGUGAGCACAUUGACCGCGACUGCAAGUCCGACCCCGCGCAGCGCAAGCGCAAGAUCUUCACCAACAAGUGUUUGAAGCCUGGCUGCAAACAGAAGGAGAUGAUGAAGGUGAUUUGCGACCAGUGCCACAAGAACUACUGCCUCAAGCACCGGCACCCCCUGGACCACGACUGCAGCGGGGCAGGGCGUCCCCUCUCCAAAGCAGGGCACGCUGCAGUUGCGAGAGCCUACGCAUCCUCCUCCAAAACAGUCACCGGAUCGAGCAGUGGAGCUGCCUGGCCAGCAGACAGCCCCUCUUCUCCAGCCCCUGCCAGAGGAGGCAGAGCAGCCACCUUGCAGACUCACAGCCCCUCCCCUCCGGCUGUUUUGCUGCAGAAUGGGCUGAGCGAGGAAGAGGCGCUGCAGCGAGCUCUGGAGAUGUCCCUGGCAGAGUCAGCACACAGCUCAGCGCAGCCACCCAGCAGCACGCAGGAGGAGGAGGAUCUGGCCCUGGCCCAGGCGCUGUCAGCGAGCGAAGCCGAGUACCAGCAGUCGCAGCGGCAGGCGCACGGUACAAAGCCGUCAAACUGCAGCAUGUCCUAGGCAGGCGACACAGGGUGUGCCAGCAGAUGUGGGAUCCUGCUUGUGACCUGAGGAGUGUCUCUGGCUUCCCAUGUGGAUGCUGAGGGGUUCUGGCCUGGACACUGAUGACAAGAGCCUCUUGCCAGAGAGGCAAGUCACCUCCCUGGGGGUUGUAAGCGAGCCACCACACACACACUGACACCUCAGCCCUAGCACCUGCAUAAAAUCGGUGCAGCAAAUUGCUGAUGCUCCUGGAGAGGUGAAGACAGCGUGGGACGAGGCUGAGCACACUCACCAAAGCAAACAGCAGCCCACGGUGUGCACUUAGCCACAGCUGCCACGGCCGUGUCGCAGCACUGCUGGGACUGUGGGGUGAGGGAGGGGCCACGCGGGGACAUCUCUGCAUGCUUGGACGUACAGCCAGGACACGGCUGCCUGCUGCAGUAGUGAGGGGCUGGAUUUCGUGCUCUGGGGAGGGCCAUGCCAGCCCCUCAGCAAAGAGCAGCUGGGGCUGGGAUGGGCUCUUGCAUGGCACGGUUGAAUGUGCUGCCUCUUGGCAGUGUGAAAGCGGCCCCUUCCUCACGCCGCAGGCCCCCCCCCUCCCCAGGCUGGUUGCAUGCACAAGAGCGCCUUGGGCCUUACCCAACUCGGCUGGGGCCCAGGACCUCUCUGAGACUGAAUGGAGCUGCGUUUCCUUUCUGGUUUAAUUUAACAAGGGCCAUUAACUGAAAAGUAA